ACAUCAGCCAUGGCAACCACAUCCAGACUAUGCGUGGAGCAUGUCGAAAACAUGGGCAUUCAUUACUAUCAAACACUCAGAUGCUGGAGAAAAAACUUCAUGGAAAGGCAGAACGAAAUUUUGGCUCUCGGAUUUAAUGAAAAGUUCAUUAGGACAUGGGAAUACUAUUUUGAUUACUGUGGUGCAGGUUUCAAGUUACUCACACUGGGGAAUUACCAGUUUGGGUGCUGUGAAUUUCAAUGCCGAGUUGAAUUGGAGGCUUAAGGGCUUCAUGAAGGAGCAACACAAAUUUUAGACUAACAAAUGAUAAAUUUGUAGCCAAGAAACUUCUGUUUCUUUUAUUAUAUAUUGCAUAUAUGUAUAUUAAUUCGAAAGUUUUGUUUCUCUUAUUAAAUUUAUAAAAUAUCUAGUUAUUGGAUGCAAAUAUGAGAUAAUUUUUUUUAAGUAUCUAGUUUGUACGUGCAUCAUGAGCUAAUAUGUUUUUUGAUGAUGCAGUUAACUUGUCUAAGGCAGCUAUCCUAGGAAUUGCUCUAGGUGCCCUUGUGAUUCUUUGCAUGGUACUCUUUGCAGCUUGCCGACCACACAAUCCAGCUCCUUUCCCUGAAGGAUCUUUUGACAA